UCGAUGCCCUCCUAUACAGAGGCACCUUCUGAGUCUGGGGAGGAGGAGUAUGUUCCUCAUGGCGAGGAGGAGGAGGGUGAGGAGGAGGAUGGCGAGGAGGAGGAGGCCGAGGAGGAGGGUGAGGAGGAGGGCGAGGAGGGUGGUGGAGGGGAGGUUGACCCCGAGUUGUGGGGUGACUUGCCACCGGGCGCUCCGUAGGGGUGGCUGCGUGGUAAUGCCGGACUACCUACACCACCUUCUAUCGAGGCGCACAAGUGGCUCAUUGAACCAGCGGGGACAAAUAACUGGAUCCUUCGCGGAAAGGGCCGUAAACCGAACGGCCUUAUCACUGUCCUGUUGAAGGAGUUUUGGCCUGGCCUAUUCUGCCCGCGGCCAGACAGGGACCCGUAGCUGCGGGUUUUGGCCACGAGCUGGGCCCACUACGAGGCUUGCAGCAACGCGGAGUACGGGACGGCCGCUAAGGCCGUGAUCACCAAAUUUUGGCAACUCUAUAGAGUUCUUGACGAGCACAAGGCCAGAGCCGACGUGGUCUUGCUUGCGGCUGCGAAGAAGAAAGCUUGUCAGUUGCAGUACGAGGUGCGCUAGGUUACCGUCUCGUAGUACUACCACUACUACCUGCACCAAAAGAUGACCAAAACUCAAGCGCAGAAGCAACGACUUACCUUGUACAGGGAGCAGUUCAUGAUGGUUGUUCCUCGUUGGUGCUAUGGAAGGCACGACGGAUGGGCGAGUUUGGUGGAUACGUGGCAUGGCGACGAUGCAGAGUUUGCUGCCAAGAGCAUCAAGGCUCGGGCUAACCAUGGAAAAGACGGGACACACGGCCAAGGAAACAGGAACCACUUGGGCUUCAAGGCCAUGAAGGAGGAAAAGUUGAAGAGGCCGCUCUCAGACAUUGAGUCGUGGAAGCUGGCCCGCGAGCGGAGUGAUCCCAAGGACGGCGAGAGCCAGUACUACGGCAAGACCGAGGAGCACCUGGAGUCUUACACUCAGAACUAUCAGAAGUUGCAUCCGGAUGUUCCUGUUCCUGAGGUCGCCCAGUCUCAGAUCGACGACACGGCGGUGGUGGCCAUCCAGGGGAAGUCACAUGGCCGGUAUCCGUGUUUCGAUGGCUUGAUCACUCCUUCGAUCUCGUACACAUGGCUUCGGGCUACCAACCCGAGCCAGUUAGAGAGUACGGGGCGUUCACAGACUCCCUUAGCUCGCCAGCAUGUUGCAUAUAAGGCCUUUGCCGAGCAUAGGAAUCUCGAGGUGCGAGAGUACUUGCAAUGAGUGAAGGCAAACGAUGAUUACAACCGUCAGAUGAUGACGGCUAUGUUGGCGUCUUGGAGUAACCGCACGGAUCCACCACAAAUGGGACCCCCACCACCACCUGCGGGAGAACCCCCACACAUGCCCACAUUCAAUGAAUGGGUGGCACUAGGCAGUGAUAGUCCGGGGACCGGUGGCUCGACUCCUGCUCCGUCGACCCCAGUCACUCCGAUCUGACUGAGUGAUGGUGGUCGCGGUGGCGGUUUUGGCGGAGGUGGUCUGGGCGGUGGUGGUUUUGGCGGAGGUGGUCUUGG